AUGCCCCGGACAAUAUUCCCAACCAGGCCUAUCCACACUCUUAAAACACAUAAUGGCCCCGUCAAUGCGGUAACCUUCUCAAGCUCCGGCGGCACCUACGUCCUCACAGGUUCCUCAGACCGAGCAGUACACCUUUCGCGCGCAGUUCCAAACAACUCCAAUAAUGCGACAGUAGUUGAGACCACGACUCCUAUCCAAAAAUAUGAAGCGCAUGGCUACUCCGUCCUGGACAUCGCCGUCGCAGCCGACAACGCGCGCUUCGCCAGUGUAGGAGGCGAUCGCCAAGUCUUCCUCUGGGAUGUCGAACAAGGCAUCACGACCAAACGCUGGUCAGGCCACAACAGCCGAGUUGAAGCCGUGCAAUUUGCCGGCGAUGGCGACUCCGUAGUAGUAACCGGUACACCCGAAUCCCCCUCUUCUCUUCUCUUCCGGCAUCCAACUAACAUCCUCCCUCUCUCCCUAGGUAGCGCAGAUACAACAAUCAACCUCUGGGACACCCGGUCCACAGGCUACAAACCCAUCCAAACGCUCACCGAAGCAACCGACACAGUCUCAACACUACACGUGCACAUGGGGAGCUACUCAAUAGCCAGCGGCAGCUACGACGGCCACGCACGGAUCUACGAUGUCCGCACAGGAAAGACGACCGUCGAUGUCCUUGCGCACCCUGUGACAAGCGUGCGCUGCUCGUCCGACGGCAACGCGCUGCUGGCUUCGACGCUGGAUGGGUAUAUUCGCUUGCUGGACCGGAUGGAUGGGAAACUACUUAAUGCGUUUUCGGGGGAGAAGACCGUGGGCGGUCUUGGGAAGCCGCAACAUUCAUAUCGGAAUUCGGAGCUAAGAGUGCGCUCUGUGUUUGCGAUGGGAGAUGCGGUUGUGCUUAGUGGCAGUGAGCAGGGGGUGGAUGGUGGUGGGGCGGCGGCGUUUGCUUGGGAUGUUCUUAAAGGGGAGGUUAUUGCUGCUGUGCCUGUUGGGGAGAAGGUUAAGGCUGUUAGCUGUGUGGCGUGGAAUGAGGGGGUGGGGGAUUGGGCUGCUGGGUGCUCUGAUGGUAAGGACUGUGUUGUUUUGAAGGCUAGAUUUUGGAUAUUUGUGCUGACUGUUGUUUUCAAGGUACCGUCAGAGUCUACGGAUGAAAUUGGGUCCUUUGUUCCAGGUGUCUGA